UCAGACAUGUCUGUUGGAAUACGGUAGGCUACAUGAAAUACAAACGUCCAUGAAAUCCUAUUUGGUUUGAAACUAUGAGGAAACUCGAAUAUGUCCAGAGUUAAUAUAGCCUGGGACACCCCUAACUAUAUGUCCCCAGUCGUCGCGUCUGAGAACUUCUUCUUCUGAGCCAAUCAUCAGGACGCAACAGUGUCUGUCAUUUAACCCACUGUCGCACAGUGAACGGACGAGGCGAGGAGGAGGGACAGCCGGUUAAUAACCCAACCACUCUGCCUCUGUCAUCCUCAGGGUCUCUCACCGUCUCAGGCAGCAUGUAGACGGGCUCCUCUAGUGCCACUGCCAAGAGAGAAAUGGCGUGAGAAAAAUGAUCUCGAAUUUUGACACUAUCUAUGGAUGCAGAGUAACCUGAUGUUCCACAGCUGUAUUUUGGAGUCUUGAUUAAUUGUGUUAGUCUACGGGGGCACCCGCUACACGCUGCGCACUUUGGCGGUGGUGACAGUCAAACUAUCUGAGCUGCCUUCUCGACCAGUGUAAUCUAAGGAAUUAAUCGUUAUACAGGACUAUACAUCUGCAACACGUACCCAGAACAGUAGAGCGUGACUCCCGCUGGAUGUAACAUUGAGCGGAGCGGUGUGUGGACGAAUAAAGCGGUGGCGGAGCAAACGCACGAAGUCCAAUUCCAUCUCCCUAUCCGUGUCCCGGUGCCUCUUCCCGCCCGAUAACGGAGAUGUUGUUCCUCGGAAUACUGCUCGGCAUCUUCAUAAGAGAUGUGGUCCACUCUUCACCGCCCCUCCCCCCGGGCAUUGUGGACUGUGUGGAGGCAGAGAAGGGGUGUAAGGCAGAUCCCCAGUGUAAGGAGCUGUACAGGACCCUGGAGGGCUGUGCGUCCGAAGAGGCGGUGGCUCCGCUGGGGAGCAAGACCAGGAUAGAGUGCCUGGAGGCCCUGAGCGCCCUGCACUACCUCCCCCUGUUGGCCUGCAAGUGUCAGCGCGGCGCACGCAGAGAGGAGCACUGCCUCCGAGCCUACUGGAGUGUCAGGAUCCUGCAGGGUGAGUGUUAUGAUGACUUGGAGGCGUCUCCCUAUGACGACUCGCCAGUGGAGACAUCUCACAUGGCCUCCAUAGUGGCAGCAGCCUCCUCUCUUCCUCUAGAUGGACAGAACGCAUGUCUGAAGGCAGCCCAGGAUUGUGGUCUGUAUGAGAAAUGUGGGUCCCUGAGGUCUGAGUACGUCCUGGCCUGCACUAAGCCUGUCCCAGGCUCGGACCACUGCAACAGGCAGAAGUGCCACCGGGCGCUGCGGCGCUUCCUGGAGCGCGUCCCGGAGGAGUACAGCCUGGGGGUGCUGUUCUGCCCCUGUACUGACAAACUGUGUGGGGAGAGACGCAGGAAGACCAUCGUCCCCUCCUGUUCCUACCAGGAGAGAGAUGGGAUACAGCCCAACUGUCUGCAUCUGCAGAGCUACUGCAGGAAGGACCAACUCUGCAGGUCCAGACUGGCUGAUUUCCAGCAUAACUGCCAGCCCUCCGGCCUUUCGCCCUCCGGCUGUAUCAGAGAGAGUGGAGCAGUGUGCCUCAAAUCCUAUGCCGGACUCAUCGGCACCAUCAUGACCCCCAACUACCUUAGCAACAGCACUGUAGACGUAGCCCUGUGGUGCAAUUGUGAGGGCAGUGGCAACCAAUUGCAGGACUGCCUGAGGAUCCAGAGCAUGUUCACCAACAACGCCUGUCUGGAGAACUCCAUCAGUACCAUGGGUAGCUCCCCCCCUCGGCCAGUGGAGAGCAUUCCUCCCCCGUCCCCUCGCCCCUCCCCCCUGGACCAGCAGAACAAGCUCAGCAACAACGCCCAGGAUGAGCUCAGCAACAACGCUGUGGAGCAGAGUGAGGAAGAUGAUGAGGAGGAGGAAGAGGAGGAGGGGGGGCAGUUUGACGUGAUCCCUCUCUAUGCUGAGAAGGCCACGGUGUCCAAUCUGGGUUCUGGGGGUGGGGGGGUGUCCCCCCGUCUGUCCUCAGCGCCCCCUCCCUCCCUGCUGCUGCUCCUUCUGCUACUGUCUGCCUCUCUGAGCUGGGGGUAAGGGGGGGGCUACCCCUCUUCACGCGGCCAAGAGCCCCUCGCACACAGACACAGAGACUCUGAGAAAGGCACACAGAGAGAGAGGAGGGAGAAAAUAAGAGAAGAUAAAGGACCUCUAGUGUUUAUUGCUUUCUUCCUUUUGUUGCUUCCCCUCCCACUGUCAGGUGAUGGUUUUGCCCGAUGGAGACUUGUCAUGUAUGACAGACAUAGGGGUGAACCAACUCCACAGUGACAGAGGGGGGUUAAACUGAGUGACUUGAUAUAUGAAAUGUGAGUAAUUUUCUCCUUUGGUGAAGACGUGACAGGUUACCAUGAGUCCGAUGGCGCUUUAGUAUAUCCAAGCUUCACUCUGUCCAUUCAUACCUCUAUACUCUCCAGUGAUGGAGAAGUGCUUACAGUCAGUGUUAGGAAGGAAUGUACACUGAGUAUACCAAACAUUAGGAACACCUUCCUAAUAUUGAGUUGCCCUCAGAACAGCCUCAAUUC